AUGAUCGGCGCAGCAGACGGCUGCCGAUGCUCGUGUAGUGUGCAAGGAAGCAGCUCAUCCUGCAUCCAUUCUGGCCCACAAUCGGUCUGUGGGGCGACCGGUUAUCCUGCGUGUCGGCUUGGUGGAUCAUUGUGCACCAGUUCACACAGUACCUGCGGUGGGCGGGCGACAGAUCAGGCUGUUUUUCUCGGCCGGGAGGCAGCGGCGUCGGUAAAAUUGUUGACAGAAGUCGCCUCAGCGCUCCCGCAUUAUCCUCGCCACGGGCACGCGCUGGCCGAGCAGCAGCUUUUGCUACUGGAGCGGCAACAACGAUUCAGAUGUGCAGAACAUGAAUCGGAGGAGGCUGGCAGCGGAAGUGGAGACGGGAAGUGGUGCGUGGGAGCUGGCGCAUCACCUGGAUGGCGAGGAGGCGGAGGAAUGUGCUCAAACACAGCGCUGUCGGGGGUCGCGCGUGGGAUGGAUAAAUGGGGUUGCAGCGAACGAGCCGGGUCGUUAGGAAGAGCGUCUGGUGAGAGUCCGGGGCCUGCUGCUAUACAGCAAACAGGGGGAAUAGAGAGGACAGCCGGUAAUGAUGCAGGCGUGAACCAGUCAGAACGUGGGCGUCUCGUAGGAGGAAUGUGCGGUUCUCUUGGAUCUCUCGCCACCAACCUCGGGGUGUACAGAGAGGUGCUUAAACCUGGCGACAGCCACUACAGUUUCUGCCUUGUUGCCGUAAGUCGACAUGAGCGACACUCUGAUCAGCAGGCCAGUGGCGGUAAUGUACGAGGGACGGCUGCCGCGGAAGCGGUCAACUGGGCCGCUCACCGCGGUCACACAUGCCUGUGGGCGUCAUCCGAUCCCAACUUUAUUUCAGGAGUCGCGUGUCCUUUCCGGACAAAAGUGUGCAAAAUAGAGCGUCUACACAACCCACUGCUUCUCCAGCGGUACCUUCACGAGAGGGAGUCGAUGAUGCUGUUCAAGGGAAAUCGCGACUGCGCCAGUGUGGAUGACGUUAUUGGCAACCCGAUUUUGCGCGUCCAGCCGGAGCACGCGGGAACGGUUAAUCUGAACGAGUUUUUUCUGUUCCAUGGAUGCAAAGCCAACCGCGCUAAACUGAUUGCGGUUUCGGGUUUCGACUGCCGCCGGGCUGGCGAGAAUCGUGGCAAGCUCUUCGGCGUCGGCACGUACUUCUCUCCCUUGGCAAGCAAGGCAGAUCUGUACUCACGGUCUCCACAGGACUCCUCAGCUCCUCCAAUUACUUCGCCCAAACCGCCACACUGUGGGGGGUCUGCUGGAGCAGCAGGAUACAGCUCUUUUGCUUCGCCGUCGAGAGCAGGCGGUGUCACGAGCUGGGGCAGUGGGGGUGGUGCAGCGGCCUUUCAAAGGAAAAGAAACGCUUUAUCCGGCGCGAGCGGACACGUGGCGUCCGGAUCGACGAGUAUGGGAAUUGGACGUCGAGCACCGAAGACGCCAAAGAACGACAAGCGAAGGAGCAGCGUGCGAGGACCCGGCGUUCUUGGGUUUGCGUCGUGUGCCUUGCAGAAGGCCGGUUCAACAGGAAAGGCCAAGGAGAGUGACCCGCGCCAGCUUGAGUGCUUUUACCCUACCAUGUGUAGCCGUCCAGUUGCCGGGCGGGGCGAAUGCAUGGCGUGCAUGAGGUCGUUUGCAUCAGUGGCAAGUGGAAACUCUGCAGGAUUCGACUCGUGCGGAGGCGUCUUGGGGGACUUAAGUGAAAGCUCAGGGGACGAUUCUCGAAAUGAAUCUCGCGGCCGUGCACAUGCAGACGAAAGAGAUCUCAGAUCGGGUGGUGGACAUCUCCAGACCGCAAGCGACACCAGCGUAGAUGGAGGUAAACACGGUCGUGACAGAACCCAGGAACAACCGAAGACGGUUGUUCGAACGCUUGUUCUCAGUCGGGUUUGCCUCGGCGAAGUUUACAAGGCUACCCGAGCGAUGCCAGAAGCACGCAUGCCUCCAGCAAUGGCAGACCCUGGUCUUGACUCCUGCUCGGGGGCGGGAGGAAAAGGACCAGCGUACAUGUUAGGAGGUGGCGGUUGUGGAGCGGCAGCAGCGUCAUGCACUCCGGGGGAUGUGGCGGGUAGCACUGGAAUACCUGGGGUCCCGCUCAGGCAAGAGCCACAGCUGGUACCUUAUGAUUCCGGUAGGUUGAAUUGA